CCGGGGGCGGCCGGGGCACAGCGGCGGGGCCCGGGCAGGCCGGGGCAGCGGCCGCCGCCAUGAAGAAGCAGUUCAACCGCAUGAAGCAGCUGGCCAACCAGACCGUGGGCAGGGCUGAGAGAACAGAGGUACUCAGUGAAGACCUGUUGCAGAUCGAGAGGCGCCUGGACACGGUGAGGUCCGUGUGCCACCUGGCCCAGAAGAGACUGAUCUCCUGUCUGCAGGGCCAGCAUGGCACAGACCCUGACAAGAGACACAAAAAACUUCCUCUAACAGCUCUGGCUCAAAACAUGCAGGAAGGAUCCAUCCAGCUGAGUGAUGAAACUCUGCUGGGGAAAAUGCUGGAUACCUGUGGGGAUGCAGAGAGUAAACUGGCAAUGGAGCUCUCCCAGCAUGAAGUACAGAUUGAGAGAGAAGUUAUAGACCCACUGUGCCUGCUGACAGAGACAGAGAUCCCAAAUAUCCAGAAGCAGAGGAAGCAGCUUGCAAAGCUAGUGCUGGACUGGGAUUCUGCAAGGGGAAGAUACAACCAAGCCCACAAGACUUCAGGAACAAAUUUCCAAGUGCACCCUUCAAAAAUAGAAUCUCUUAAGGAGGAGAUGGAUGAAGCUGGAAAUAAAGUAGAGCAGUGCAAGGAUCAGCUGGCUGCAGACAUGUACAGCUUUGUGUCCAAGGAGGGGGAGUACGCCCGCUGCUUUGUCACGUUAUUAGAAGCACAAGCAGAUUACCAUAGAAAAGCAUUAGCAGUCAUAGAAAAGGUCCUACCCGAAAUUCAAGCCCAUCAAGACAAAUGGACUGAAAAACCAGCUUUUGGAACUGCCCUGGAAGAGCAUCUGAAGCGCAGCGGGCGGGAAAUCGCAGUUCCUAUCGAAGCCUGUGUCAUGAUGCUCCUGGAAACGGGGAUGAGAGAGGAGGGCUUGUUCAGAAUUGCUGCUGGAGCCUCCAAGUUAAAAAAGCUGAAAGCUGCCCUGGACUGUUCCACCUCCCAGCUGGAUGAGUUUUACUCAGAUCCCCACGCUGUCGCAGGUGCCUUGAAAUCCUAUUUGCGGGAGCUGCCAGAGCCUCUCAUGACCUACAGCCUGUAUGAGGAGUGGACACAAGCUGCAAAUAUUCAGGACCAGGAUAAGAAGCUGCAAGAGUUAUGGAGGAUUUGUAACAGAUUACCUGAGCAUUACCGUGUUAACUUCAGGUAUUUAAUCAAAUUUUUAGCCAAGCUUGCCCAGAACAGUGACGUUAACAAAAUGACACCGAGCAACAUCGCCAUAGUCUUGGGCCCCAACCUGUUGUGGGCAAAGAAUGAAGGAUCCCUGGCUGAAAUGGCAGCAGCCACUUCAGUGCACGUGGUAGCAGUUAUUGAGCCCAUUAUUCAGCAUGCAGACUGGUUCUUCCCUGGAGAUGAAGAUUUCAACGUGUCUGGGGCGUUUGUGGCAGUUCCUGCUGUUAAUUCCAAUCACUUGUCACACACUGGGAAUGACUAUGAAUGUGGGACCCUGGAGAGGAAGAGGCCUCUGAGCAUGACUGUGAUGGAAGGGGAUUUGCUGAAGAAGGAGAGCCUGAGGAUGGCUCAAAGCUUUGGUGUGAAGGUGCUGGAGUUCCCCACGACCCCUCGGCGAUGUGGCACUGUAAACAGAAAGCUCACAUCGCCGGCCUUCCAGCCGCCCCUGCCGCCCUGCGAGCCCGCGGCCGAGCAGCACUGCCCGCCCUCGGGGGCUGAGCCCGGCCCCGGGGCUGCUCCUGCUCCCCCUGCAGAGCAGCCCCCGGCUCCAGGCACCGAGGAUGCCAGUACCUCAAAAUCCAAGGACAGCACAUCUUCAGCCACUCCUCCACCGGUGAGGAACGGCAGCCAGGCAGGCCCUGCCCCGGGCCAGGCAGUGCCCAGCACGUCCCAGCUCUCUGUCACCCAGCCCCAGAACGCUGCUGGUCCCAGUCCCCACGCCCUGAGGAGAGCUGUCAAGAAGCCAGCACCAGCCCCCCCCAAACCAGCCAACCCCCCUCCGGGGCAGCCAGGAAGCCAAAGCUCUUCCCCAGCUGCUCAGCCACCUUCUGUCUCUCCCAAACCACCAGCCAGAAGCUCCUCUCCUCCUGCUCAACACGCAAACCAAGGAGCAGCCCAGACCUCCUCCCCUUGCCAGGUUUCUGCACCUCGGAGAUACUCCAGCAGCGUGUCCCCAAUCCAAGCCCCCAGCCACCCACCCCCGCAGCCCCCAGCACAGGCAACUCCUCCCCUGCAGCCCAAGGGCAGCAGCCAGGGCUCUGUGGAGCAGGGGGCAGAGCAGAGCCCCUCGCUGUCCCAGCCGCAGACCCCCACUCCCCCGGGCAGCCCCCCGGCCGUGCCCCCCGAGCCCUGCCAGGCUCCCUGCGGACCUCAGAGCGGCUCCCUGCCCCGGCCACGGCCCGUGCCCAAGCCCAGGAACAGACCCAGUGUCCCCCCUCCUCCUCACCCUCCCUCGCAGCUGCCUGCAGACGGGACGGCUGCAAACCCUGCUCAAACGGCGUCCAAAAUAGUCACAGACUCUAAUUCCAGUAUUCCAGAGCCACCUCCAAACCCUCCUCCAGAGCUUCCUGCAGAGCCGGCGGGCAGAGAGCUGCACAACCACGUCCUGCUGGCCAUCGACAAUGACACGGAGAGCACGGCGCUGUGAGCGCUCCCUCCCCGCGCUCCUCUCCUCAGACCUCACAGGGAAAAGCUUCUUCUGGCAACGUGGCACAACGGUGUGGAGCUGGGGCUGCAGCCUGCUGGGCACAGGGAUCUCCAGGAUGGCCGAGGUUGGAGAAGACCUCGCAGAAAAUCCAGCCCAGCCUUUGGCCCAGCUCCGGUUUCGCCCUCAGAAGAAGUUUAAUGAUCUGGGUCUGGACAACGGUUUUCAAACUCUUGGAUGGAAGGAAUGAAUUCCUGCAGGAACUCGCCUAGGAAGCGUGGUCAGUGCUGAUACAGGUGGUAUUAGCAGAGAUUCCAGAAGAAUAAGAAGCAGAACAUUAGUUAUUUAAAGUGCAUGUCUGUAUUAGGGGAAUAAUCCUUCCCAUGGCACGGUUAGAGGUUAUUUGUAGUUCUUAGCCCGUACCAGGAGCUGCCUCCCAAGGGCCAUUCCCUCUCGGAUUUGCUGCAGAUUCCCCCCAAGCCAUGAAGCAAACCCUGCCCCAGUGCUGGUGGUGACUGCUGGUUCUCAGUCACCCUGUGGAACUGUGGAUGCAUCCCGUGCCUUGAAGGACUGUCGUGCUGUAGGAGGAUCUUCCUGUCUCUUUAAUCAUUUCAUUGCUACUUAGGAUCAGUACUUACCCUGAUUUCAUAGUUAUUUGUAUUAACCUGCUUUGUUCAUGUGCAACUGGCAACUGUUUCACGAGGAAACCGUGGAAAUGGGGUUUGUGCUUUUGUUGAAAACGGUUGAAUUUUGAAAGAACUUUGAAACAGCUGUUAGGAUUCAGCAGUUGAGUGAACAUUUAUAAAAUUAAAGAUUGGUUUUUGUCAACUUAA